AUAACCUAAGAAAGCUACACAACAAAACACCGCCUCUUCCAUAAAGCAGAGUUCUCGGCGCAGUUUGCCUUCGUUUGAGCUCUGUUCUGUUCUGUGCCUCCACAAACCAAACCAGGCACAAGUAAUACUGUGUAAUCCAACAAACUGAAGUAUAGCUAGGUGAAAGGAAGUAGUCAAGUACAAGAGAAUGGCGAAGUCAUUGAGAUCGAAGAGGGAGAAGAGGCUGAGGGCUAUUCGGAGGGAGAUUGUUGAACCUUUCUAUGACAAGAAAGAAGCUGCUAAGCUUGCUGCCCAAGAGGCUGCCCUUGCCGCCCCUAAGCUGGAGGUUCCUUCGAAACCAAAUACUGCUAUGGAAGCAUCCGCUUCCACUGACAACACCAACAUGGAUGUGGAGGUGGCUGAUGGAAGCCAAAGCAUGGCUUCCUUAAAGCCUGUUGGUGGAAUAGGGAAGAAAUCCAAAAAGAAGUUGAAAAUAGCUAAAAACAAACGCCGUGGUAAUGGAAAGCACAGGAGAACCCGUAAGAUAUGACUCCAAGUAAAGAAUGGUUCUGGUAUCUUGAAUCAUGAAGACAGUUCAAAUUUUGAUUAAAAAAAAUAUAUGAAGACCUUAGGUUGUUGAUUACAAGUUGAGGACCUUUUAGUUUUAUUAACUAGGCUUAACUAUUGAGGUACAACACAAUUUGGAGAAGUGGUUGAUGUUGAUGAUUCGUUCUGAACAUGAAGGAUUGGGUCACCAAACAUGUAUUUUGAAUGUGGAAUUUUGAUAUGGCUAUUUUAUAUCUCUAGUUUUCUCAGUUUGCUCCUUUAUGAAAGAGACCUUGAAGAACUUGCCAGCCGUUUUAAUUAUUUUGCGGAAGUUACUUUUUAAGGUAGUCUAUCAUCAGUUGAAAUGAUUA